AUGGAUACAACCGCCUGGGACGGGCAAGAAAACCCCCGUCUUCCCUCCUCCUCGGCCCUGGAAGAACUCUUCGACAAGUUCUUCGACUGGCCGGCCUUUUCCGGCGCCCCUCAGCCCAUAGACGAGUCUAGCCAUUACCCCAGCCCCCCGUUCUCAGACAGUCCCCCCAGUCCCGUCUCCGGCUACGGCUACGAGUAUAGCCCCUCGUCGUCCGUUCACGCCGCUCACCUCUCCAUCCGUGAUCUCGAAGCCGAGUUCCUCAGGAUGAGAGCCCCCUAUGACGACGUCGCUGUCCACGGCUCAGACUACUCUGGCCACACCCCGCCUGAGCUGGUCCAGGGCGGGAGCACCUCGCCCUCCGACCACUCUGGCUCCCUGCCCUCGGACCGCUCCGACGAUGGCCAUCAUCGCCCGCGCGUCACCCUCAGGGAAGCCCAGGCCCAGGACGACGAAUGGACCUACCCCCAGACUGAGUCGUCCGUCAAGUCUGUUCCCCGUGGCUACCCGGCCCGCAUCCACGUCCGCGGCGACCAGCCCCGCGCUCAGUACGCGAGCCAGUCCGCCGGCCAGAAGCGUCGACGGCCCGCUGCCGAUUCUGACAAGAGGCAGAGGCAGCUCGCCGACCCGGUUCAGACGGCUGACGUCCGGAAGAAUGUGUGGUCCAAGGAUCCGUACGCCGAGGAGCAGCUCUGUUCUUGUGCGCGCAGGUACUUCGGCACUCCGAGGGAGAUCACCAUCUUCCUCACCACGGACUUGAAGUCUCCCGCGCUGCGCGCAAUCGUACAGCCGUACAAGUCCAAUGACGAUUCCGACGAGGCAAAGAAAGCAGACUUUCCCCGCGAUCACGUCCCUAGCCACGAGGCGCUGCAGCGUUGGGUUGAGGGCCAGAUCAAGAGGGAGUACAAAUCUGACUUUCCCCGGGCUUUGCAGAGCUUUCUGUUGGCCUAUUCCGAAGGUGGCCGUUCUCUGCCCAAACACGACCUUGUUGACAAUGUUCAUAAGAUGAACUGCUUCUUCAGAAUCUGGAGGAUGUCGUCGUUCUGGUGCCGCGACCCUGCCAAUCACAUCGUUACUCUUCCAUUGUCGGUCCAGGCGCGGCUAAGAAAGAUUGCGCGGGAGGCACUGAAAUUGCUUGAGUACAAGGUAUUGAAGAGCCUGGACGACUGCCUCGGCCAGCAUUCUCAGCCACAGCCACAGGAGAGGAUGGCGAUUUGGGCAUGCUUGUGGCAGCUCAUCCUCAUGUACCGUGACCUCAUGGGUGCCUUCAAGUCGCAAAUUGUCAGAGCCGGUCCAAACGGCGAUGUGUACCACGCCCACUACCAACGGUUGGCUGAUGUGCACUUCCCCAUGGUAGCCAUAUUCUACCACUAUCAGUUCCGGACCAAGAAGAGCCUGGAGAUAUCUCUGGACUGGCUUCAGGCUGGGUCCCAUCAUCGACAUGACCCGAAGAACAAGGGCGACAUUUGCCAUCUUGGCCGCCGUUUGCUCGAAGCCCGCAAGGACAUGUACCAGAGCCUUCGGUCCUCGGCCGAUGACUGCGAUGCCCUCCUUUGCGUGCUCGUGGUCAAUCACGAGCUGAAAAAGCUCAACGCCCGAAAGCGAGCACCGAAAGGCAGCGGCAAGUCGAGAAGCUCCCGGCGUGGCGGGGCAGAUGACUGUGAUGACGAUGGCGAGUGA